AUGCCUGUCCGCCGCAAAGAAGGCAAAUCGCGUUUCGGCGCCAACAAAUCUGGACAACUCAAGGCCGGCAAAGUACGAGUCGUCGACCCCUCCACACUGCGAAACUCGGAAGCAACGAACCAGAAUGAGAAGAUCGAAGCUACUCGACUUGCCCACAAGAUCGACGAAAACCAGGGAUUCGAGCGCUUCGAAGCGGGCAAGAAGAGGCAAGGAUGGCUGAUCAACAUGCACAGCACCGCGAUUGAAGACUCCAAAAUUCCUGGUGGUCGAGCGGCGGUGGACUUUUACUUCAUUGGCGACGAUGGCGAACAGUUCAAGGCCAGCGUGGAAUACCAGCCAUACUUUCUGAUCGGCGUCAAGAAGGGCCGAGAGCCUGAAGUGGAAGAAUGGGCGCGGAGGAGUUUCGAGGGCCUCAUCACGCGAGUAGAGCGUGUGGAUAAAGAGGAUCUGAAGAUGCCGAACCAUUUGCUUGGAUACAGGCGCACCUUCCUGAAGCUGCUCUUCGCCAAUGUUACAGAUCUGCUGGCGGUGCGAAGGGCGAUCUUGCCGAUUGCGGAGAAGAACAAGAGCAAAGUCAGCGCCAUGGACACAUAUGCCGAAGUAGCAAGCGCAAAUGCCGGAUUUGACAUGUUCGAGGACGGUGCAGAGCGCGAUCGAAGGCCGACAGGAAUUGCAGACGCGAGCGAUUUCAUUCUGGAUAUACGAGAGUACGAUGUGCCUUACCAUGUGCGUGUGUCGAUCGACAUGGACAUUCGGAUAGGAAAGUGGUAUGAAGUGGAAGCGAAGCAUGGUCAUGUCAAGUUGCGCUGUCUCGAGGAUCGCUUGACACGUGCUGAUCCGGUCGUCAUGGCAUACGAUAUCGAAACCACCAAAUUGCCCUUGAAAUUUCCAGAUGCCGCGAUUGAUCAAAUCAUGAUGAUUUCAUAUAUGAUCGAUGGGCAGGGAUUUCUGAUCACCAAUCGAGAAAUCGUCUCGGAAGAUAUCCAGGACUUUGAGUAUACACCCAAACCGGAAUUCGAAGGCCCUUUCAUCAUCUUCAAUGAGGCGAACGAAGAAGCAGUAAUCGAGCGCUUCUUCAGCUGCAUAAAAGAGGCUCGACCGACCAUUAUGGUCACAUACAACGGUGACUUCUUCGACUGGCCUUUUGUAGAAGCUCGCGCGAGUGUGCACGGCAUCGACAUGUACCAAGAAAUUGGCUUCCGGAAAAACAGUGAAGACAUCUAUCAAUCAACGCACUGCGCGCACAUGGACGCUUUUGCUUGGGUAAAUCGAGACUCCUAUUUGCCGCAGGGCAGUCGAGGUCUGAAGGCUGUGACUGUAGCGAAGCUUGGUUACGACCCCGAUGAGCUCGAUCCUGAAUUGAUGACUCCAUACGCCCAAGAACGACCCCAGACACUUGCGGAGUACUCUGUGUCCGAUGCUGUGGCGACCUACUACUUGUACAUGAAAUAUGUGCAUCCAUUCAUCUUUUCAUUGUGCACGAUUAUUCCUCUCGGACCAGACGAUGUACUGCGGAAAGGAACUGGAACCUUGUGCGAGAUGUUGCUCAUGGUACAGGCAUAUCAGAAGGAGAUUGUGCUACCCAACAAGCAUGUUCAGCCUCGAGAGUCGUUCUGGGAGGGACACCUACUGGAGUCAGAGACCUAUGUCGGAGGCCACGUUGAAAGUAUUGAAUGCGGUGUCUUCAGAAGUGACAUACCAACGAACUUCGCUGUCGACACGACUGCCAUCGACGAGUUGCUUGAGGAACUCGAUGAUGCUUUAAAAUUCACGAUCACAGUCGAAGAGAAGAAGUCGAUGGACGAUGUGGAAAACUACGACGAGGUGAAAGCCCAGAUUACAGAUCGACUCCAGAAGCUCAGAGCGACACCAAAUCGGAGCGAGCGACCAUUGAUCUACCAUUUGGAUGUCGCGUCCAUGUAUCCGAACAUUAUGACCACCAAUCGACUACAGCCCGACAGCAUGAUCGACGAAUCUGCUUGCGCCGCUUGCGACUUUAAUCGACCUGGAAAGACCUGCGAUAGGCGAAUGCCAUGGUCUUGGAGAGGUGAAUUUCUUCCUGCCAAACGAGAUGAAUACAACAUGAUUCGACAUGCAUUAGAGAACGAAAGAUUUCCCGGCAAGUUUGCGAACAGCCUGUCCCGCUCAUUCCAGGAUCUGAAUCUUGAUGAGCAGACUUCUUUCGUUAAGAAGCGUCUCACUGACUAUAGCAAGAAAAUCUACCACAAGAUACACGAUACCAAGACGAUCGAGCGAGAAGCGAUCAUCUGCCAGCGAGAAAAUCCUUUCUAUGUCGACACCGUGAAGGACUUCCGUGAUCGACGCUACGAUUUUAAAGGCAAGCAGAAGGUCUGGAAAGGCAAGGCAUCCGAUCUUGAGAAAGGCGGCGCAUCCAAAGACGAGGUCGAUGAAGCAAAGAAGAUGAUCGUGCUAUUCGACUCGCUACAGCUUGCUCACAAAGUCAUUCUGAACUCUUUUUACGGGUACGUCAUGCGAAAGGGCUCGCGAUGGUACUCCAUGGAAAUGGCAGGUGUCACUUGCUUGACUGGCGCGCGAAUCAUUCAGAUGGCACGAGAACGAGUAGAGCGACUAGGUCGACCACUGGAGCUGGAUACCGACGGUAUCUGGUGCAUCCUGCCUGCCACGUUCCCGGAGAACUUUGCGUUUAAGCUGAAGAAUGGCAAGAAGAUGACAGUAUCGUACCCUUGCCUGGUUGAUCCAUCUACCUUCAAAUAUGAGACCCACAGCGACAACACCAUCUUCUUCGAAGUCGACGGUCCAUACAAAGCGAUGAUCCUGCCAACAUCGAAAGAAGAGGACAAGAACUUGAAGAAACGAUACGCUGUCUUCAAUGAUGAUGGAUCGCUGGCAGAGUUGAAAGGAUUUGAAGUGAAGCGGAGAGGAGAGCUCAAACUCAUCAAAAUCUUCCAACAGCAAAUCUUCAAGUUCUUCUUGGAGGGCAGCACUCUUGAGGAGGUCUACCACGCCGUUGCCAAAGUUGCCAACAAGUGGCUUGAUGUGCUCCAUUCCCACGGCAGCACGCUUGCAGACGAAGAGCUGAUCGACCUCAUUUGCGAGAAUAAGAGCAUGUCGAAAACGCUGGAGGAGUAUGGUCAGCAGAAGUCCACUGCGAUCACUACGGCAAAGCGUCUGGCAGAGUUUCUAGGCGAGCAGAUGAUCAAGGACAAAGGCCUCAACUGCAAGUACAUCAUCUCCGCCAAGCCGAAGACUGCGCCUGUCACCGAGCGCGCCAUUCCAGUGGCCAUCUUCUCCGCUGACGAGAGUGUGAAACGCUACUACUUGAAAAAAUGGCUGCGAGAAGAGCCCAGCUCACUCGAUCCACGAGACAUCCUCGACUGGGGCUACUACCUUGAGCGCCUGGGCUCCCAAAUCCAGAAGCUCAUCACCAUACCUGCCGCAUUGCAAAAGGUACGCAAUCCAUGUCCGAAGGUGCCGCACCCGGAAUGGCUAGAAAGGAGAAUUCGGAUGAAAGACGAUGUAUUCAAGCAGGUGAAGAUGACAGACAUGUUCUCAAAGCGACCUCUUGCGGAGCGCGAUGCAAAUGCUGUUCCUGCUCGAACUGGAGGAGAUUUGGAAGACUUUGGAGCGACACCUAUGAACAAGCUUAAGCCUGCUGCAACAGCAAAGCUUAUUAGCAGCCAGAAGAGGAAGAACCGCGAGGAGCCUGCGCCUGCUGCCGUCAAUCCCUUUGACGCUCUUCCAAAAGAUAUGCCAAGCAUCACUGAAGACUACCAAGGUUGGCUAAAAUACCAAAAGCAGAAAUGGAAGAUACAAAAAGCUGCUCGAAAGAGGCGACGACAACUCUUCGGUGAGAAGCGAGCUGAUGCUAACGAUGCAAUUGGAACGUUCUUCCGCAACCAAGCCGAAUUGCUAUACACAACAGACUGGCAAAUCCUUCAGUUACGGGACACAGACAUCGCUGGUGAGGUCAAAGCAUUCGUGCUGAUUGACAAAAAGGUGCAUCAGCUCAAGGUUGUGGUGCCUCGACAAGUUUACCUCAAUCUGAAGGAAGACGACCUGCCAGAUGUGGACAUCAAGGGCGUUCAGGCCGAGAAGGUCAUCAACCACACUCUGCCGAAUGGACACUCUUCAACGCACCUUUUCAAGCUCACCAUGCCUGAGCAGGUCUACGUCAAAGAAAGCGAACAACUGGCAGUACUGUUCAAUCAUCAUGCCGUCGAAGGUGUCUACGAGCGACAACUGCCUCUCAACGUUCGUGCUAUGCUGCAACUUGGCUCUGUCUGCACAUUUGACGAGUCGCAGCGAGGCGUGCUUGGCAAAGGUCUGGAGCAGGGUUUCGAUCUGUCAGCGUUGCACACUCUCCAACCGAAGAAACCAUAUAUGACGGAGGCCAAUUUCAGCUAUCUUGCUCUUUAUCACAUCAGUGCUGGCGAUAGACAGAUCUAUGCACUGUUCAGCUCGACGAAGGCCGAAGCGAAGAUCAUCGUGCUCAACCGCGCACGGAGUGAGCAAGGCAUGCCAAAUGUCGAUCGCGUAUAUGAGGAGCUGCUGAAUGCCAAACUGGAAGAGACUGGAGGGCAACCGUGGCAACCGACCUUUGAUUAUCAAGAGAGCAUCCACUUCAAGACAGUGCAAGUCACUACUCAGCGAAGAGCCUUGCAGGAGCUCGGGGAUGCCAUCAAGAAGAUUCAAAAGGAGGAAACCCUUCCAAUCAUGCUUGUGCUACAGUCGCAUUCUGCAACUAUGCUCGUGCAUGAUCUGCCGAUGUUGCAAAAUUUACCCUCGCUUAGAUUGAAGGCGAAUGAGACGGACAAGCAGCUCCCUCCGUUGGGCUGGCAGUCGAUUGUUGCUAGGAGGCUGGUGAGCCAUUACCUCGACCUGGGACUUUGGAUUAGCCACCUGCUUGAGUUUGCACGGUACGGCAACGUGCCUUUGGGAAACCUCGAAGUGGACGAUCCUCGCUUCCUGAUCGACAUUGCGUACGCUCGACGGCUACAAAAAGAGAAAGUUGUGCUGUGGUGGUCGCAAGACGCUAGGCCAGACCAUGCUGGGCAUGAACGCGACGAUGUUUUGAGUGGAAUGGAAGUCGUAGAGAUGCCUGCCAUCAACACUCCUGGAACUUAUUCAUCAGUCUGCAUCGACCUUAGUGUCAAGAAUCUCGCGAUCAACACCAUCCUCUCCUCAGCAGUGCUUAAUGAUGCUGAAGGAGCUGGCGCUGAUCCUCUCGGCAUCUCUGGUGCUGGAGCGAAAGAGGACGCGCUCGACGAGACAGCACAGACUAUUCAAUCUGAGAAUGCUUUCGCUGCUGCUGGAAUCAGUGCACUACGAGAGAUGGUUCGAGCAUGGUGGCAGGAAGCCUGUAACAGCAAGACCCAGAACAGCAUGGCAGAUGUGCUAGUUCAGCACUUGCUUCGCUGGAUCGAAAGCCCGAGCUCGCAUCUCUACGAUCGCAACUUGCACUACUACGUGCAAGUCAUGAGCAAGAAAGCGUUCCAGCAGCUCAUCAACGAAUUCCGCAGAGUUGGAUCACACGUUGUCUUUGCCAAUGCUGGUCGUCUACUACUGCAAACCAGCAAAGCGGAAGUUGGUAACGCAUAUGCGUACAGCGAAUACAUUCUGAAGACUAUCAGCCAGCGGCCAGCAUUCCACUUUUUGGAUCUGUCAAUCACCGAGUUCUGGGAUUAUCUCGCCUGGCACGACGAGUUCAAUUAUGGUGGCAAAGGCUGCGAGAAAGUCGUUGAUGAAGACUCCCCGCAAUUGCAAUUGAUCAUGCACUGGCAGAUGGCCACCUUCCUCCCACCAAUCUUGCAGCCCACAUUCGAGCAAUGGAUCGUAGAGUACAUCGAGCUCAUGCACGCCCGCAAACGGCCAGCCGGGCUGAACAACGGCAGCACACCCAGACCCACGCAACUCCCAAUCCACGCCGCAAUCUUCCAAUCCGAAACAGACGACCAAACCACACCCGGCAACGUCCUCUCCAAAACCUUCAGCAAACCCCUCAAGAAACAAAUCGCCCAGCUCAUCCAACGCCAACGCACAGAAUCCAUGCAUGAAGAACUCGUCCCGGACUGGACGUUCCCAACCCAACCCGGCUCUCAUCUCAAUCUUCAAAACCCUGUCCUCGAACUCGUAAAAAGCAUCAACGAGGUUCUGUGCCUAGACAAAACAAUCUCCCUCGAAGCCCGUCUCCUCCGAAAAGAGCUCUUGCACUUAUUCGAAAUUCGCGAGUUCAGUCCCGAUGGAAAUUGGAUCGAUCCUUCCGCCUCUUUACCUAUAAAACAAAUCUCUUGUCCAGAAUGCUGUGUCCCCAAAGACAUCGACUUGUGCAAAGACAUGGAUCUCGCCGUCAUCGAUCCUUCCGACCCUUCUGGCUCCGCGUCAUUAGUCGUCAAAUGCAGCAAUGCCGACUGUGGUACUGUCUUCGAUCGUUUGGCCAUUGAGGAGAGGUUACUCGCGGAUGUGCAGAAGAUGGCGGUUUUGUGGAUGACGCAGGAUUUGAAGUGUGCGAAGUGUGGACGUAUUCGAACGAAUGAGUUUAUGGAACAUUGUGGUUGUGCGGGGGAGUGGAGGAAUACGGUUGAUGGGAAGAGGUUGAGGGAUUUUUUGGGGACUUUCGGGGCUGUGAGUAGGUUUUUUGGUAUGAGGAUGUUGGAGGUGGUUGUUGAGGGGCUUAUGGGGAGUUUGUGA